UGUUUGCAGCGGGGCCAUGGCCGGUCCCGGGGGCGCCGCGCGGGGGCUGCUCCGGCCCUGCAGCCCGCGGGGCAGCGCGGAGCCCCCACCAGAGCACCCGGCCCCUCUGCCAGACGAGGGAGAAGCCGCCAAAGCCGAGGCGCAGCGGCAAAGCGAGGAGCUGCUGAAACAGACGGCAGCUGAGAGGCGGAAGAUCGUCUGGGAGUGGCAGGAGCUGCGAGGGUUUCUGGAGGAGCAGGAGCAGCGGCUGCUGGCCCGGCUGGAAGAGCUCGAGAGAGCCAUUGUCCAGAGAAGGGAUGAGGGCGUCUGCAGCCUGUCCCGGGAGAUUUCCCUGCUCAGCGAGAGGGGAGGAGACGAGGGGCAGCGGCUGCCGAGCCAACCCCUGCAGGGUGCUGGGAGCCCUGGGAGCAGCAGGGAGGACGGGGCGUUUCCAAAGCCGGAGCCGGGGUUUGCGGAGCUGGAGAAGAGACUUGUCAAUUUCUCUCUGCAAAGCGCCCACCUGCAGGAGGUGCUGCUGGGAUUCAAAGAGACGCUGCGACUGGAGCUGGGGAACGACACAGGCUGUAGAAUAACACCCACGUUUAGGGCCGGAUUGUCUCAUCCUCCCAGGAGAAGGGGAAGGGAAAUGGCUGCGGAAGAGGAGGCUCAGGGGGCGGUGACCUUCGAGGAGGUGGCUGUGUAUUUCACCGAGGAAGAGUGGGCUCUGCUGGACCCCGCUCAGAGAGCCCUCUAUGGAGACGUCAUGCAGGAGAACUAUGAGAAUGUGACCUCGCUGGCAGAGUUUCCAGUUCCCAAAUCUGAUGUGAUCUCCCGGCUGGAAGGAGAGGUAAAGCCAGGGGUCCCAGAUGUCCAGGGCUCAGAGGAAAGAGAAAUUUGGAGGGAUGCCCACACAGCAGGUAAUGGGAUGUUGAAUGAGAACGAGGAGCAGAAACCUCAGCAGGAAGAUGCUGAGCAAGUGGGACCAUACGUGGGGAUAUCACAAAGCUCCAAAGGGGAUGUGUCCAUGAGUCAUGAGCAGGGAACAGCCUGUGAGAGUGAGCACAGGCCAGAGAGAGAGCAGGGAAACCAGACAGGAGAGAACAUGAGUAUAUCCAUUGAUUACUGGGAAACUCCCAAGGACCAGAAGGAAACCACAGUCCAGAAGAGAAACCCUACAGGAGAGAGAAACAACAUAUGCACUGAGUGUGGGAAACGUUUCAGUAGCCGCUCACACCUUAGAGAACACCAGAGAAUUCACACAGCGAAGAGAUCCUAUGAGUGCGGGAAAACCUUCCCGCUGAGCUCACGGCUCAUUGCACCUCAGAGGCUCCACACAGGAGAGAGACCCUCUGAAUGCUGUGAGUGCGGGAAAACCUUCACUCGGAGUUCGUCCCUUAUUGCACAUCAGAGGAUCCACACGGGAGAGAGACCCUAUGAAUGCAGUGAGUGCGGGAAAACCUUCAGUAGCCGCUCAGGCCUUUUUGACCAUAAGAGAAGCCACAGUGGGGAGAGACCCUAUGAAUGCUGGGAGUGCGGGAAAACGUUCGCUCGGCGCUCACACCUGAUUACACAUCGGAGAAUCCACACAGGAGAGCGCCCCUAUGAAUGCCACGAGUGCGGGAAAACCUUCUCUCAGCUCUCAGUCCUUAUUAGACAUAAGAGAAUCCACACGGGAGAGCGUCCCUAUGAAUGCUGCGAGUGUGGGAAAAGCUUCACUCAGAGCUCAUCCCUUAUCACACAUCAGAGAAUCCAUACGGGAGAGAGACCCUACGAAUGCCAGGAGUGCAGGAAAAGCUUCACUCGAAUCUCUGCUCUUGUUACACAUCAAAGCACGCAUGUGGGAGAGCGCCCCCUUAUGAGUGCGGGAAAUGCUUCACUCGGAGCUCAACCCUUAUUAGCCAUGAGGGAGUCCACACAGGAGAGAGACCCUCAGCCCCUGUUCGCCUAUGAAUGCUGGCAAACCUUCACUCGCUGCUCACACCUUAUUACACAGAGAAUCCACAUGGGAGAGCGACCUUAUGAAUGCUGCGAGUGUAGGAAAAGCUUCAGUCCGAGUUCAUCCCUUAUUAUCCGACAUCAGAGAAUCCACACAGGGGCGUGA